ACGGCUUUGGCUUUGCUCUCAAAAAGAAGGCGGGACCCAAAAGAGUAUGACUAAACAGAUUUAUGUCCCCACAACUUAAGCAGUAUAAUCAGCACACACUCGAGAAGCGCGGCGAGGCUGCGGGUGAGCGUUUUCCUGUUGCAUCGAGUCGGUGCUCACCUUCAGACCUCUCCUGUCAAACAUACGCACUGCCUCGUCUGCCGGUUUAAAUUCUUCUCCCCUUUUUUGAUCUUUUUUUUCAGCGCUUUUAAUUUAUUAAAUUUGAAUUUACUGCGGGAACAGUGAUCAUCUGAACACGUGGAGGAAAAAGGACCCCCCCCCUCCCAAUCGCUCUAAAAAUAAGAACACUGCUCUUAAUUUUGCAGCCACUGUGGAAACUUCCCUCCUGUGCAUUCUACUGCCACCUGUGACCAAGUUUACCCAACAGAACAGAGAUUGUUAUUUUUUUAAGACACAAAAAGAAAGAGGAAGACAAACAGACUGACGCAGGGUUUGUGACGCCAAAGGGUGCGAGAAGACCUCAAAGUGCACUGGCUUGUGGUGGGAACUUCCUGCCUUGGCUGUUCUUUUGUGACACAGUCGCUCUGUUGUUCAGUCAUACCAUGUGGUUUGGCGAGCAGGUAUUUUGUCUAAAAACAUGUGAAGCAGCUGAGUGUGUGGGAUGACGGCACAAAGAAAGCAAAAACGUGGAAUAAAACAACCAUGCCGAAUAGCAGUCUGGUCUAUAUUGGCCUGGAGCUGGUGAUUGCUUGCCUGUCUGUGGCUGGGAAUGUCCUGGUCUGCUGGUCUGUCUGCCUCAACUCCAACCUGCAGAGCAUCACCAACUUCUUUGUAGUGUCACUGGCAAUCGCUGAUAUUGCUGUGGGACUGCUGGCGAUUCCCUUCGCUAUCGCUAUUAGUACUGGUUUCUGUGCAAAUUUCUACGGCUGUCUGUUCAUCGCUUGCUUCGUCCUCGUGCUCACUCAGAGCUCCAUCUUUAGUCUGCUGGCUAUUGCUGUGGACCGCUACAUCGCAAUCAAAAACCCACUCAGGUACAACAGUCUGGUGACAGGGAAGAGGGCAAAGGGCAUCAUUGCACUGUGCUGGGUUCUUUCAGUGGGCAUCGGCCUGACACCGAUGUUUGGCUGGAACACAGGUUGGAACUCCACUACAACUGCCACCAAAAGCCAAGGCUGCCCUGAAGGAAUGACUCAUUGCUUGUUUGAGAGAGUGGUUCCCCUUGACUAUAUGGUCUAUUUCAAUUUCUUUGGCUGCGUGCUGGUGCCCUUGGUGAUAAUGUUGGUCAUCUAUAUCCAUAUCUUCAUGGCAGCUCGCCGACAGCUUCGAAUGAUGAGCCUCAAAGUUGCACACGUACCUGCUCCUGGACAGAAAACUCCAUCUUCUGGCUCAUCUCGUUCGAUUCUGCAGAAGGAAGUACACGCUGCAAAAUCACUGGCUAUUAUCGUUGGUUUGUUUGCUCUGUGCUGGCUUCCUGUGCAUAUUAUCAAUUGCAUCAACCAUAUUUGCCAGGACUGUGAGCGCCCACACAUCUGGGUGAUGAACAUUGCAAUCAUUCUCUCCCAUGCCAACUCUGUGGUGAAUCCCUUUAUCUACGCCUACCGCCUUCGAGAAUUCAGACAUACCUUUCGCAAGAUUCUCUAUCAGCACAUCCUGGGGAAGAGGGAUGGGCAUGUGUUCGGGGUUGAAAGUGCUGAUGGCAGAGGUGUAAGGAGCACUAGUAUCAUGCAGACAUCUGCCCGUACGAGUAAAGAGGAUUUAUCAUGUGGCACAAUGGUAAAUAGUUAUGUUCUAGAUUCUGGUGCUGAGAAAACUACAUCAAAUGCCUCUCAUGAGAUUUUAGAUUCUGUACCUAACAGUAAUACACCCAACGGACACCAAAAAGCAACUGGCACCCCAUCAGAAGUCCAGCAUCAGCCAGGUAUUUUGGCAUCUUCUGCACAGGAAGCAGCAACGUCCGCCACAAAUCUGGGAGGAGCAACAGAUAUUUUGGAGUUGAAAGACAGAGGAAGCUGCAUUACUUUUGUAAAUGUUCAGGCAUUCCCAUUAAAACAGAAUGACUGUUCCCUUUCUUCAAAAAUCACAGAAAUAUCAUGACAAAGACAUUUAGUUAUUUCAAAUUUCUUGCUCUCAGAACACACAGAAUGUUCUGCAAACGUGAAAUUUCAGCAAAUCAGCCUCGACAGCAAAUCUGUUUUUUUAAUGUAAAAUUUUAUUUUUUUAGUUUGGAGUUUCUUUUUUUAAUGUGCACUUUAAUGUUUAAAGAUAAUAUACUUUUUGUAAUGUGCAGGUUUUUGCUAUCUGUGUUGUUUGUAUGCCAUCAAAAUUAAAUAUCUUUAAAUAUGUCGAUUUAUGUGGUGUUUUUGUGCUGCAGCACUGAACUGAACUUUGUCACUCAUCCAGGUUAUGAUACUCUGAAGAGCGUGAAAAAAGAAGGAAACUAGACUUUAAGUUGUGAAGAUGUUUCACUUCUCAUCCAACAGGCUUCUUCUGUUUCAAAAACACCUUGGCUGAAGUGACCUCAAUAGGUCACAUGACAGGAUGUGACCUACUGCCCCCUAGUGUGGGUUGUUCCACUUGGAGGUGGUUGUUAACCCAAUAUUGAUCAUGCGAGUCAUCACAUGAGCCAAAGUGUGAAAAAGAUGUUGGUCAUGACCAUCGUCAGGGGUUGUGGGGGAAACCACUCAGAGACUGUGCCCCUAUUGAGGUCAUCUCAGGGAAGGUAUGAGUAGGGGUUAAAGCACCUGGGAAAGGAUCUCAAGACUGCAUUGUAGGUGGCUGAUAGCUGGUGUCACCACCUCCGUUCAAUGAUGGUCAUUCACAAGUGACUGCUUGGUUUCUCAUUGAUGCACUGCGAAGUAUACGCUAUGUUGCUCAGUUUGUGUUUGGUCCUUGAGAUCAACCAGUUUUUCUCUAAGGGUGUGGCUGGGUCUGAAGUGCACUAUAAUAUCAUGAGAAGAAAUUCUCAUGAGUUUCUCUACAAACCUGCUACAUAAGAGAUGGCAAUAGAAGACCUCCUUUACUCCUCCUAUAAAUCUGGCAUUAUGUUUGGGAGUUUUGUUCUUAGGAUGGACCAGUUUUUGUCUGAGGGUGUGGCUACUCUGAAGUCUGAGGAUCAUCCAC